GCGAGAGAGAGAGUCACCGACGGAAACGGCAUCACGAGCUCCGGCCCCCUGUCAACCACCGGAUUCAUUUGUAAUGCCAAAAAUGACCAGUCUGACAUAACGCUAGAAAAGCAAUAUCCGAUUGUCAAGGACAACGGGAGCCCGCGGGCCUAUCGCACGGUACCUAUAUUUAUUCACGUAUUUAGGAAUCGUUUUUAUCCCCCUCCAUUGAUUUUUCAGUAAUGGCUGGGCUCGCGGGCUGCGGCUGUUGAGAGGCAGGUGCAUCGUCCCGACAGACGCUCGUUGGGCGUGAUGUGUGAUGAGAUGGAUUUCGCUCCAGUGCAGCGAUGACGAGACGGACGCAACCGGAGAAUCACCGAGAAUCCGCGAGACGCGUGUGAUCGAGCGGCCGACACUGGGGCGCGGAGCACGGGCGGGGAACAGAGCUCGUCCCCUCGCGAGCGCUCCGUCUCAUCAACACAUACUGAACAUUAAACGGCCGUACUACAUCCCGAAACCCGGCUGCUGCCGGUGGAAUCGGGUCGUGGACCGAAGUGACAUCAUGUGCACCUGACCACAGAAGCCGUUUCGCCAUUUCGAUUCGUGUCUCCGGUGUACAAAUUAUUAUUUCUCUAAUAACGAGCUUGGAUUAGACCACGCCAAGAUGAUGGAGCUGGACGAGGUGGUGUACCAGGACGAUUAUGGGGCCGUGUCGGUCAUGUCAGAUCGGGUGUCGGGCCUGGCCAGCAGCAUCUACCGGGAGUUUGAGCGCCUCAUCCAGAGCUACGACGAGGAGGUGGUGAAGGAGCUGAUGCCGCUGGUGGUGAACGUCCUGGAGAACCUCGACUCGGUGUCUACGGAGAACCAGGAGCACGAGGUGGAGCUGGAGCUCCUCAGGGAGGACAACGAGCAGCUCAUCACGCAGUAUGAACGGGAGAAAGCGCUGCGCAAACAGGCGGAGGAGAAGUUCAUUGAAUAUGAAGAUGUCUUGGAGGCAGACAAGAAGGAGUUGCAGUCCAUGUUGGGGACUUUGGAGCUACAAACAAAACAACUCGAGCUGAAGGCCAAGAACUAUGCUGACCAGAUCUCUCGUCUGGAAGAUCGAGAAUCAGACAUGAAGAAAGAGUAUAACGCCCUCCACCAGCGCCAUACAGAGAUGAUACAGACAUAUGUGGGACACUUUGAGCGUUCAAAGAUGCAACAGACAGGCAGCAACCAGUCUGAAUCUACAGGCUGCGGACGGGCUCCACGACACAACAGGAGGAAAAGUAAAACAGAUCGCCCCCCAUCAUUGAAUUUGUUUCCUGGUGGAGAUGGCAUGGUACGUGGGAGUCCUGGGGGGGCUAGAAAUGUUUCGUCAGAUGUCUGGCAUUCCAGUGAUCUCAGCAGACCUAUCUACGCCUCUGGCUACCAGGAGGAUGGCUCAGAUUCAGACUCUGUCGCAGCCACACCCAGCAGCACAGGGAGCAAAUCAAACACCCCCACCUCGUCUGUUCCCUCGGCAACAGUUACCCCUCAGAAUGAUGGGCUGGCAUCGGUGGGAGAGUUCGACAGGCACCGGAGGCGGGACUGCAAGAAAGAAAAGCGUCUUAGUAAAAACAUGGAGGUGCAGGUCUCUCAGGAAACCAGGAACGUCAGCAUUGGUAUGGGCAGUAGUGAUGAAUGGUCAGAGUUUCAGGAACUUAUAGACUCAACGCCAGAGCUAGAUAUGGACCCUCGAGUCUACGGAGGAGGAAACAGUCCUUCUCAGGGCAUAGUGAAUGAGGCAUUCGGCAUCAACACAGACUCUCUGUACCAUGAGAUCAAAGACGCCAAGUCUGACAUCAUCGGUGAUGUGGACGCAGGAGCCGAACUUCUCGGGGAGUUCUCAGUCCAGGAUGAUUUCUUUGGUAUGGGGAAAGAGGUGGAAAAUCUGCUAACAGAGAACAAAAUACUACUGGAGACCAAGAAUGCCCUAAACAUUGUGAAGAAUGACCUGAUUGCUAAAUUAGAUGAGCUGUCAAGUGAACAGGAAGUUCUCCGGGAAGAGCUGGAAACAGUGAAACAGUCCAAGAGCAAAGUGGACCAGAGAGUGAAAGAACUGGAGGAGGAGCUAAAGAGGUUGAGAGCUGAAGCUUUAGGAGUAUCUCAGGACUCUAAAGACGAGGGUGGAGAGGAUUACUCAUCUCCACUGCAGGACGAUGUGGCCAUGACGCAGAGACGACGCUUCACACGUGUAGAGAUGGCCCGUGUGCUGAUGGAGCGCAACCAGUACAAGGAGAGACUGAUGGAGCUUCAGGAGGCUGUGCGCUGGACCGAGAUGAUCAGGGCAUCUCGAGAGAGUCCUGCUCUACCAGAGAAAAAAAAGUCCAUAAUCUGGCAGUUCUUUGCCCGUCUUUUUAGUUCAUCUGCGAGCCCUCCUCCAGUGAAACGGCCGUACACCAGUGUCAACAUUCACUACAGGUCUCCCUCUCCUGCUGGCUACAACCAGAGACGCUCCCAAACCAUGUGCCAGAUCUCCACCUCCAGCGGCACACUGGAGUUCAUGCCUGAAGAACUGCCCAGUAAUGGUGUUGCGUCUCUCCUCAGCGAUUCUGCGCUCUGUACACGCAGAGAGCAGCGUCGAGAGCAGUACCGGCAGGUGCGCGAGCACAUGCGCCGGAAGGACGGCCCCAUGCAGACCUGUGGCUGGAGUGUCCCGUCCCGACUGAAACAGGCCAACGAGAAAGAGGAUAAUCGCAUGAAAAAUGUCCCUGUGCCAGUUUACUGCCGCCCUCUGGUGGAGAAAGAUCCCAAAAGAAAGCUGUGGUGUGCUGCUGGUGUGGAUCUCACUGGAUGGAAGACACCCAAUCAGGAGACUGCAGCUGUGAAGCCGUCCAACGGCUCAGAUCCUUUGACUGCUGAAGACCCAGGUGGAGACAGCAAGAGCGAGAGCUCACCAGAGAAAAAGAAGCCUAAAGAACUGCAUGAGACUGACUCGAUGAGCAGCCGCGUGUGGAUUCUGACAAGCACUCAUUCAGCCAGUAAAGUGGUCAUUAUCGAUGCAAACCAGCCCUGCUCACUGGUCGACCAGUUUAAUGUGUGUAAUGCCCAUGUGCUCUGUAUCUCCAGCGUACCAGCGGCCAGUGAGAGUGAUUACCCAGCAGGUGAUAUAUUUCUGGAGCAGCAGGCUGGAGAUGGGCCUUCAGAGGAGAAGGGUGGAGUGGAGGGCAUGCUGGCGGGAAUCACCAUCGUGGGCUGUGCCACUAACUGCAGCGUAGUACGCAGCAACUGCUCCUCUCGCACCGACACACCUGUGCAGGACCGAAGCCAAGCUCCUACAGCUCCAGUGUGCAGAAGCUUAGCAGUGUCACAGUCUGCGGAGGAAGCGACAGAAGCCAUUGAGGUGUCUGAGGAGGCAGGGCCUAGUGAGAGUGGGGACAGCACACUCAGUACUUUCACCGAGCAUGUCUUUACUGACAACACACACAGUGAAGCAGGUGUGCCGAAGGAGCAAGUGACUUCAGCCCCCACAGACUCAGAAGAGGCAGGAGACGACCAGGCAGGAACAAGUGCUGCCCCGACCAUGUGGCUAGGAGCCCAAAAUGGCUGGCUUUAUGUCCACUCUGCAGUGACCAAUUGGAAGAAAUGCCUCCAUUCAAUCAAACUCAAAGACUCUGUACUGAGUUUGGUACAUGUGAAGGGGAGAGUUUUGGUUGCGUUAGCUGAUGGAACUCUUGCAAUCUUUCAUAGAGCUGAAGACGGACAAUGGGAUCUAUCGAACUAUCAUCUUAUGGAUCUGGGAAGACCCCACCACUCCAUUCGAUGCAUGGCUGUGGUUCAUGACAAAGUCUGGUGUGGUAACAAGAACAAGAUCCACGUGAUCCAGCCCAAGAGCAUGCAGAUUGAGAAAUCAUUUGACGCUCACCCACGCAAGGAGAGCCAGGUGAGACAGCUGGCAUGGAUUGGUGAUGGUGUCUGGGUUUCAAUCCGGUUGGAUUCUACGCUCCGCUUGUACCACGCACUCACACAUCAGCAUCUGCAAGAUGUGGAUAUUGAGCCUUAUGUCAGCAAGAUGCUGGGUACAGGAAAGUUGGGCUUCUCUUUUGUCAGGAUAACUGCGCUGCUGAUUGGAGGAAACAGACUGUGGGUGGGGACUGGAAAUGGUGUCAUCAUCUCAAUCCCUCUGACUGAAACCGUAGUGCUUCAUCGAGGGCAGCUCCUCGGACUGAGGGCCAAUAAGGUGUCACCCACAUCAUCGGGGGGCGUGAUCCACGUUUAUGCAGAUGACAGUAACUCUGAGAAGAGUAGCUUCAUACCAUACUGCUCUAUGGCACAGGCUCAACUCUGUUUCCAUGGACACAGAGAUGCUGUCAAAUUUUUCGUGUCAGUGCCAGGCGAUGUGUUGGCCAGCCUGAACGGUAGCGUGUUGGACAGUCCAUCAGAGUCUCAGGGCUCCUCAGCGGACACAGAAGCACAGAGCCUUCAGAACGUGCUAGUACUGAGUGGAGGAGAGGGUUAUAUCGACUUCCGUAUCGGUGAUGGCGAAGACGAGACAGAGGAAGCAAAUGGUGAAACUCCUCAGAUGAAGCCAGCGUUGUCUAAAGCAGAGAGGAGUCAUAUCAUUGUGUGGCAGGUGUCUUAUGGUCCGGAGUGAUAUGAACAGACAGCUCCUACCUGCCCCCCUUUCCGCCCUAUAAUUCCGCCCCCAAAGAUGAAGUAUGAAUCCUUUCUGUAACUAUGCCCCGAAUUCUGUUCCUAAGCUAUGUAACUCCAACAAGCCUUGUAACUACCCCUUGAAAGUCUUAUAUUCACCCCGUUAGCCUGUAUUUUCCUACCCUCUAUUAUAACGACCUGUACGAUCCUUCCAUCCACCUUGUAACAUUCCCUUCCCAAUAAAAACACAAAGUUCAAGAACUUGCUGCAUCCUAUGACUGAAUGGCAAUUUUAAAUGCAAUAUAAAUAGCUUAAAUCAGUACCAAACUACAUUCCUGACAGAACUACACAGUUUUUGCCAAAUACCCCGACCUUUGUUUUUACAGUCCGUCAGCACGCAGCUCACUGAAAGACAGCAACUCAUCAUGAGCUCAAGAGACUUCAGAGAUGAGAGGAUUCAUUUUGGAAGAACCAGCUAGAUGUGUAAUGAAAUACAACAGGGGAAAAUACAAACAAGACCUCAAUAUGUAAAUAAUAGAAAGCAUCAUGGACUGCAGAGAGAAAUAGUAUAGAGUGAAUACUUGAGGAUUAUUAAAUAAGUGGUCAGGAUUUGUUGGCUAUCUAGCACAACCCAAACAUGUCCCAAUGCCAUUUCAGCUCGUUAUAAAGUGAACAUGUAAAAGAAUAUUCAACCAAGCUAAAAAUCAUUUUAAACAUUUGCAGCUAUCCAUUUCUCAAGCUCAGUGAGAUGUGUGCUGACUAGCACUGCUAACUUCCCUCUGGGAUUAAGAAUGAGGCUAAACUGAAGCCUUUGAUUGGACGAGGUUUGGAAGAGAUAGUCGUCCCAGUCGCAUUGUGUGUAAAUCAUCACUCUGUGUUCUUUCUGUGGUUAAGUUAAGAAAUAAACAUGUUUAUGUGCUGAAUA